AUGGCAAACGAGAAAGGAAUCAUUAUUGACCAGCAGCUAUUGCUUAACGAUUUACUUAGUGAUGCGCCAGAAUUUUGCAGGAAGAUAAUACCGUCUACGAAUUUCUAUCAGUUGGUUACGUACACGCAAACUGAUUUUUUCAAACACAUUCCGAUCGAGCUUUCGCAAAAUAGCGAAACAUUUUGGAAUUGGGUAGUUGAUUGGCGACAAAGAAAUGGAAUCAAUGAUGUGAUCUUCAUGGAUACCAGUUAUGAUAAUGAUUCAGAAAUAGAAAAUGUUCAUUCCGCAAGUCCUACAAAACAAACUUGCAAAAGUGAACAGUUGAUUUACGACACUUUGAUCGAUUAUCCGGACUGUGUUUUAAAUUUAAACGAAAAAUCACAGCACCCUACUGGCGAUGCACCACAUCAAACCGUUGAUGAUUUGACAACAACGAGCGGACCGUUUAUUCUCAAAAGUGACAACAAUAAAUCAGAUGCGCGUUUAAAGAAAAGAAAGUAUCCUUUUAUCACGAAUACUUCACUACCGAUUGCUGAUGAAGUCGUCGCAGGUGAUUAUGCAGAAAAACCGACUUUAAAAGAAGAACCGCUGAUUUCAAAUAUUCCUGAGUCAAUAGUCGACAACGAAAAAUCAUAUACGAAUGAAUACAUAGUACGAAAAAAUGAAGAUAUAGCACCAACAUAUUUGACUCCAGAACAUCUUAGAACUCUACUACAGGUAUCAGACUACGGAAAACAAAUUUUGCAGUAUUCAAAUACCCACCCGCUUUCUGAAGCCGGUCAGAAAUUGGUUUUGGAAACUGUCGCUGAUUUUCACAUAUCGAAGCAAAGGAAAACCACCACCCAAGCGAUCAGUGACCUUAGUGACGUAAUAGUUAGAGUAUUCCCGAAAGAAUCUAAGGAUACGUAUUUUUUGCGGAAAAAUAACCGAUCAAACCCUAGGGGUAAAUUAUUCAACAAAAUCAAUUAUAAAAAACAAGCAGAACGUUUACGAGCCAAGAAAGAGCUAGAACAUAUCAACGGAGGAGGUUCUGUGAAUGCAAGUACUGGCGAAGAAGACACUCACAACUGUUUUCCCGAGGAAGAAUCGGCCAUUCAAUGGCUUCAAGUUAACACCUCACCCUGGCCCACUGUCCUAUCAAUGUGGGAAGUUAGUUUUCCAGCCAGGAAAAAGUUAUUGAGGCAGUUGAAUCGAACACAGAAGUUGCUAGAUAUUUACCCACAAUAUCAACAAGAGUUUGGAUAUCAAUUACUGGACAUCGACUAUCGCAAACUUGAAUUGGGAAAUCCUGCCAAACCGUGCCGUAAAUGGAAUGAAAUAUUUAAACCUGUGGCAAGUUACAUCGCAAAGCAUGCACACGAUUCGUCAUCUAAACGUUUGGCUAUAGCUUUGAACAACGAUACACUAUCUAAUGAUGUGCGACUACUCCAUAUGCUCCAUGCUUUGAAUACUGUUCAACUUCCUGUCAUAGCUUCGAAAAGAUUCAAACCAACCGUACCGCUUUCACAAGAAGAUACUUUUAUACUAGCUGAAAACAAAGAGGCUGGUUUCACAGAACUCAACAAAGUUUUGGACACUUACGAAAAACAGAAAAUACCUAUACCACCCAAACUGAUAGUCAUAGGCGAAUGUAUGACUGCUCCAGAAACAUGCUUCGUAAAAUAUAAAUCCAUUUAAUACCAGCUAUCCACAAUCGCUCGAGGAAUCGAUGUAAUAUUGAAGCUACAAAUUAUACUGCGUUUACCUGUUUCUCGGAGAUCAAAAUUAAUCUGGAUAUUUAUAGAGAAAUUCAUCUAUGGAACGGACCCUUCGGAGGGAGACUAUCUAGCUGUGAAUAAGUUGGUAGAUUACCUCCAAAAUAAGUAAAAUGUCGAUCCUUUGUAAUUACUUAAGUUGCCACUAUACCUGUGACACGGUGGUUUCUUUUAUUGAACACGUAUUAAAAGUUCACAACUUACCGUCGAGCGAAUAUAAGUGCUCUUUCCAAGAAUGCACUCAAGUUUUUACAAAUAUACAUCAUUUUAAAAAACAUUUAAAACUGCAUGAACCUGUUCCCACAAACAAUAAAACUGUUCAUUCUGUGCUUUACGAAGAAGAUGUUUCAUUAGGAGUACCGCCUAAAGCUGCGCGAUUAGAAGAAAAAAAUAUGAAUGAGUUCGAGAAAAAAAUGGAAGUUAUUAAAAAAAUUGCUGUUGAAUUUACGCUCGAUAUGCAUAAACAUAACAAUUUUACCCGUCAAAAUGUAAGGGAUAUCCAAAAAUGUACUACUCAGUUUUGUUCACGCUACGCAGAAAUAAUUAAAUCUGUAAAAAUUGAUGGUCUAGACACGCAAGUGAAAUUUGAAUUGGAUAUGUUCUUGUCUCGAUUUAAGACUGUAUUUGAUUUUAUAGACAGUGAUUAUAAAUUUUUUUCACACCUAAAAUCGAUUAAUAUAUUUCACGAACCCACUACCUACAUUAUAGAGGCAAAUGACGUUAAAAUUUCAGCGAAUGCAAACAGUAGAACUUCAUGCUUAGUUUUGAAUCCAAUAGAAUUUCAAGUCAAAUCUUUUUUUAGUACUAAUAAUGUUCUAGAGACGGUCAUUCAAAACACUAUUGAUUUAGAAAGAUCUGAAAACAUUACUCAUUUUGUUAAUGGAAAAGUUUGGAAAGGAAUCAAAUCGAAAUAUGCUCAGGAUCCGCACAACUUUCUCAUUCCAAUUUGGCUGUAUGCCGACGAAUUUGAAGUGAACGAUAACCAAAGUUCGCAUAAUAAAAUAGACUCGGUGUGUGGACUUUACUACAGCUUUCCUACUAUUCCUGAUAAAUUCAAAUCAAAGCUUUGUAAUAUUCUGGUUGCGGGAUUCAUUAGAAAGGUCACGAUAAAUGAAACAGGUGUUAACAAACUAAUAGAAAAACUCAUUAUUCCAUUCAAAAAGUUAGAAAAUGAAGGUAUCGUGUUUAAUAUUUAUUCACGAUUGGUUAAAGUGCGGUUUAUCUUAUGUUUGAUUCAAGGAGAUAAUCUUGGAGUGCACAUGCUUCUGAAAAUGUCAAUAGGAUUUAAUGCAAAUUUUUACUGCAGAUUCUGCCGAAGGCAUAGAACUGAUCUACAAAAAGAUACUCUGGAGAAUAAAAACUAUUUACGUAGUGUUCAAAAUUAUAAUGAUGAUGUUGCUAGUGGUAAGCAUUCAGAAACAGGCGUUGCAGGAGAAUCAACUUUUAAUCAGCUUCCAUCUUUCCACGUGAUAACCAAUCCUAGUGUAGAUGCUAUGCACGAUUUAUAUAGUAAUGGGAUUUGUAAAUAUGGGUUACUAUCAGCACUUCAUUAUUUCAUUUAUGUUAAAAGGUAUUUCAGUAGAGUGACAUUGGAUACUCGAAUCAAUGUUAUAGGCAGAACAUCAGCUGAUGUAAGUUUGCGACGAAUGCCAAGUUUCGAGGAAGUGUACUGUAAAAAAAACAAAGGUAGGACAAUUAGUGGACGCAUGACAGCAGCCGAAACUAAAGCGUUCUGUAAGAAUUUCACAUUCAUCGUCGGUCCUUAUGUUCUCAACGAUGAUCCAGUGUGGACAUUUUGUAAAAUAUUAAUAAGAACUGUGGAGUCUAUCAUGCGGAAAAAUUUUUCGGACCACGAUUUAAAUCAGCUCAAAAAUUUAAUUCAGUCUCACCAUUACUUAUAUCAAAUGAAUUUUAAUGAUUCAAUCAAGCCAAAACAACAUUUUCUCGUGCAUUACCCAAACAUAAUAAGGAAUAGUGGUCCGAUAGAGCGAAUUCUACAAUUUAGUCACGAUUUGUUCAAUGAAACUUUUUUUGAUCUGAAAUUUGAAGCUGAAUUUUCACCGAAUACCUUGAAAUCAAGAACUUAUUAUUCUAAAAUUGAUCACAAUUGUCCGAUAAAACUUGCAGAUAAUUUAUCGUUCGCUCAUUCUAUUCAAUAUAGAGGUGCUAUUUAUAAAGCAGGCCAAUUUGUUACAGUGUCUGAUAAGAUUUAUAAGCUUAUUGAAAUGGAAGAAUUCAUAAGACAAGAUGAUAAAAUCUAUAUAGCUGGUAGAGAUUGGGAAAUAGGAGAGUAUGAAGAAAAAUUUUUAGCAUAUAAGGUAAAUGAGAGA